AUGACGCAUCCCGUGAAAGACGCCGCAUCGGGCCUGCUGCGCCUCACCGGCACCGUCCUGCGAGGUGCCGGUAAGAUCACCGCGGGCGUCGUCGACGCGGCGCUCGUUUGCUCCGCCGUGGGCGCGCUGCGCAGGAGCAAGAUGCGGGGCGUGGUGAAGGCCGCGGUCAAGUCGGCGCAGAAGGCGGUGGGCGAGAUGAUCGAGAACAUCAUGCGGGCCAAGAGCGAUGGCAAAGACUGCGACUCGCUCGGUGAGGUGCUCGUCAAGUGCUUCAUCGUCAUUCCAGUCAUGACCCCGGUGUUCGUCGUGGUGGGCAACAUGGCGUUUGUGUGCGAGUUGGGCGCCGGGACGAUGGCGGUGGCGGGGCCGCCCGGCUUGGUCGCCUUCGCGGGAAUGAGGUACCUGCGGUCCAAGGACUCUCCCCUCGGGAGACGCGAGGUGAACAAGCUGGAUAAGCUCAUGACGCUGGCCAGGUUAGUCGGCAUCGCGGCGCCGUGCGCGGUGUUGUUCGACGGCAAGGGGAUGAACAGGCUGUUCGACGAAGUCGCCGCCGAGAUCGACGAGGAGGAGAGGGAGGAGGCGAGGCGGGCGCGGGAGGAGGAGGCGCGGGAGAGGGAGUCGGAGGAGGAACGCGGGGAGUCGGGCGCGCGGGGGGAGGGAGCCGAGGCGGCGGUCUGA